AUGUACAAGAUCAAAACUACCCUCGAUGCUGCGUACAAACAGCUUCGUGGUAUACACAGCGACUUGGGAGGGCUCAACAGAGGUCAUUGCAACUUACAGUUCAUACCACUUGACCCUGAACGAGAGCACGGAACAAAAGCGUUCUUGCCCAAAGAGCUACACCUGCUUUCUCAGUCUUAUUUUAAGAAUGUGCAUCCUUUCCACCCAUUUUUUGACGACCCUCAGGAGAUGUGUAAGGAAUUCCUCGGCGAUCCAGUAGUGCGGAAAGGAGUUAUUAUGCCGUCCCUAGGGAAUGCCCACGUACUCCUCAUUUUCGCAUUAGGGAGCUGUCAAUCGAUUACCAAAAAUACAGGAAGCCCAAGUACCUUACCAGGCGAAGUGUAUUAUUCUCAUGCGAAUGUCAUCCUCAGGUACAGAAUCGGGGAGUGUAAUAUUCACGCUGCCCAGGCCUUAACUCUGGCUGCAUUAUACACGAACCAAAACGGAAUGCUUCAAGACAGCUUGGCGCACCUUUGCAACGCUCGCGACAUAUACAAAGUCGUUUUCAAGAAGCUAAUAGCAUGUAGCACUACUUCAAUUUCUGAGGAGGCGAAGAGGGGUUUCUGGAUUUAUCAGGAUCUAGCACGCGGUAUAAGUAACUGCUUCAAUUGCGCCUCGUUCGGUCCUGUUCCGAAACACUGGAGCACAUUACUUCCAGAAGGAAAUGUGGGACAGUUUUCUGAAAGAGUUUACUGGACGAAAGUAAAUCUCCGAGUUCUGCUUGAUGCCUUGAGCGAUUUUGCGCGUUCAUAUCUCCCACAAAUGAGGGAAAUGGAUGAAGAGGCCCUUUGUGCUCUUGGGAGCGUCGCCAACCAGCAAAUCAAGAUGUUGGAAGAAUGGAGAUCAAAUUUAAUCUCACGAUUGACCUGGAGUGAUACAGAGCCUCUAUCAACUGAUCCUCUCAUAGCUUCGCUACGAACAGAGUACUAUGAGGGUAUGGCUAAGUUGUUGAGGCCGUACGUGGGCAUCGCAGAAUAUGCGCUGCAUUCCUAUGUCCACUCUCCAGAGGACAGAUUAUCGAACGGUCAGCAAGAUAUUGUCAAAGUCUUCCUGAAUUGGGAGAAAUACGCUCUCUUAACUGUUGAGUGCUUUGAUCGCGUCGGUGCGGCUUCUGACAGCAUGUAUGAGACAUGUCAAACCAAAAGUGGUAGCUCAAUGAUGUUGAGCAACCCUGUCAGCGCACUCCACACAGAAUUCAAAAUAGUUUUCCUUUUUCGCGUUAUUCGUUCCUCUGCAAAUUAUCCAUUGAUUGCGGAGCAAACAAAAGUCACAGCUGCGACUAUAGAUGCCCUUCGUCGCCGCACUAUCAAAAGAUUGUCCGAGUUUGGGCCGAUUCAUCCGAUCUUAUCUCGAGAUCUUGAGGCUUUGAAUCGGCUUUGGUUACCAGGAGACUCAGUGCCGUUGAUGGAGCUAGUUAGAGCAUAUGAUCUGGUCUAA